AUGUUGUCGCAAAUUGUUACGGCAGCAAAAGGUUUAUUUUCGAGGGAAGAGUCUCACGCUAUUACCUCGUUGGGCCCAACUGAUAACGCAUCGGAGUUAUCCACCAUGGUCACGGCAACCAGACGAGGGAAAAUCAUGGCGGAUCGGUCUCCGUCUGAAACGGCGGCUGCUGACUCAAGCCCUGCGACUGGGAAACGGAAGACUCGCACACAGGACGAUCAAAGCAGCAAACGGAGGAAGAGAAGCAGCCUGGAGCAGGUGAAGAAAACGCAAGACGGAGCAGAACUGCCCACCAAGGCCCCGUCGUCCAAAACAAAGCAUAUGAGAUUUGAUAGCGAGGAGCCCGAAUUACCGGUUGAUCUCGAUGUGGAAGAAGAAGAAGCUUUGGAACCCGCGCAAGAUGACCAAGCCAACGAGGAUGAUAGCAGCGACGAUGAGGCCCCCGAGGCGAUCACCAACUCUGCCCAACUCUCCAAGAUCAAAGAGGCGUCUAAGAAACAAGAGAAGAUGAGACAAGCUCAGGAGCAGGAAAAGAGGGAAAAGAGGCGCCAACUAGAUGAACUUCGCAAAUCGCAAGCGAAGUCAUUAAAUCACAGCAAGCAGGGUGUUUCGCUAGUGAAGAAAGCUGCCUCGGACGAUAUGCUCUCUGAAAGCACGGCAACCCUUCAAGGCUCGACUACGCAAGAUGCCCGCACAACAGCCCUUCCCGCGUUCCUUCCCGACGAGAUUUUGAACGCCGAGCCAGUUACACAACCCGUCGUUCCCGAGUUUAAUUUCGGUACGAAGAAGCCCAACAAACUGAGGUUCCUGGAUACCGUCGAAAGGGGUCCCAAAGAUGUGAGGAUGGGCGAUGUGACCAUCCGAGUGUUGGAUGGGAACUCAACGUCUAAGAAGACGAAUCCUUCAUUAGCCCCGAAAGCCUCCAAGUCUGGACGCAACGUCAAAAAGAACUGGCUUGAACGGGAACGAAGUACGGCAGGCCUCAAUGGAAUGAGGAGGACAACCGGCUCUUCUGGAUUUGUCCGCAAGAACUCAGAGGCAGCACCGCUCCUUCCUCAAUACCAGGUUCCGGGGUCGCCCUCCAAUACGUCACCGCGAUCAAGCCGCCCACCGCGGACGGUCACCUUCAAUCCCCUGACCACCAUCAGCACAUAUGGCGGGCCGACGGCGACCGACCCGACGUUCAGACCGCUGCAGACCGGCUCACCUCCCGUUUCCGUCAAUGCGCAGAGUCUCUCUAGGCCGAGCGGCCAGCCGAUGCUGUCUGCCCUGAACAGCAAGCUGCGACGUCGGAAUAGCCACGGCGCACCCUUUAACCCUCCGAUCACUUCUCUCCCGGUCGCCCCGAAGAUUGGGCCGCAGCGAACGACUAAGAAUGCCCAGAAGCUCAAGUUGUUGCCGGACCCGGUGACCGCAGCGGAAGGAGAAGAAGGCUUCGACGAAGACAUCCCCCGCGAUGUCUACUCGCAAAUCACCCGGAUCAAGGAACCCACUGCCCGAAGCCAUGCCGCAAGGCUGGGCAAAGCAGACCGUGAGAAUAUGCCCCGAGUGACGGCGUAUUGUACGGCCAAUUCGUACCGUCUGGAAGGCGUCCUGCGGUUUUUGAAAUCACGCUCAAAGACUCGCGGAGCAAACCCGAAACUGUUUGACGAAUGUGUCUAUUCGCCGUUUGAUUAUCAGUUCGAAGAAAAGCAGGCCAGGGCUGAGCCGCUACUGAACCCGGAACCGGAAUCGAAUGACCGCCAAUCACUACAGCAACGGAGGCCUCGCGAGCGGAGGUUCUCAGACAGUGCGGUGGAGGUAGAGGACAAUACCAAACAUCGACGAGAAGAUCUCAUCGACCUCCAUGAAACCAAUACUUCUCACGCGGCAGGCAAUAGCGCAGGUGACGCCAUCUCGGAGGCGCCGCUGCAUACAACCACCCCUGAAUUCGACACUACGAUCCACAUCCCCGAAGUAUUCCUGUUCGACUACGGGACCGUCGUAAUAUGGGGUAUGACCCCUGCGCAGGAACUGCGCUUCCUGUCUGAUGUAUCGAAGUUUGCAACCUCGAUCCUAAGUCCGGACGAUACGCAGGUGGAGAAUUUCAACUUCUACUAUGCGCGCGAGUACCAGGCUCGCAUAUACAAUGACUUCAUCUCCCUGCGCGAUCCGCGCAACCAUAUGACCAAACUCGCCAUCUCUCAUGCCCUUGCCCAGUCCGUCAAGACCUCGCUCUUUGAAGAUCUCGUGUCAGAGACGAUCUCAAAAACGGCACCCCUGCCGGCUCAAAUCGCACAGACGGGCAGUGUUAACCUCACCCGACGCGAGAUCAAUAUGCAGGUUGGCGAGCUCUUCAUUCUACGUAUCAACAUCCAUCUCCAGGGCUCAGUGCUAGAUAGCCCCGAGCUGAUGUGGGCGGAACCGCAAUUGGAACCAGUCUACCAGGCUGUUCGGAGUUAUCUCGAGAUGGACCAACGCGUGUCCCUCUUGACUGAACGGCUGGAUGUUAUUGCAGAUCUUCUGGCGGUCCUCAAAGACCAGUUGACUCACCGUCAUGGCGAAUACCUCGAAUGGAUUGUCAUUGUCCUUAUUGCCGCCGAGAUUCUUGUUGCAGCUAUCAACAUCGUCGUCGACUUAUAUGCUGGGGUCGAAUAA